CAACAGAAGUGGAACUAGCUUUUACCGGCUCGCAUCAAAAUGGAACAAAUGGAGUUUGAUGAAGUUGCAGUUUAUUUCUCGGAGGAGGAGUGGGGCUGUUUAACUGAAGAACAAAAAGAGCUUUAUAAGGAUGUGAUGAUGGAGAAUUACCAGACCCUCAGGUCUCUAGGAUAUGUUCCUGAGAAACCUUUACUUGUUACAAAGAUUGAGCACAGAGAGGAGCCGUAUGUGGGCACUUUUGCAAUUGUCAAAGGUGAUUCUGGAUAUUCUUGUCUUCCGUGGCUGUUCACACCCGUCAACAACCCAACAGUGGAAGAGUUGCGCUACAACGAGGCCCACAACUCACAACCCUUUGGCAUACUUAAGAGCCGUUUCUGAUGCUUGGACACUUUCGACGGGGUUCUUCAGUACGCCCCCUCCAAAGUCUCUUUUAUUUUCCUUAUCUGCUGUAUGUUACACAACAUUGCCAUUAACGUGCCUGAUAUAGAUCUGGAGAGCUUGGAUGUCCCCGAGUAUGAUAAUCAUUUAGCUCAUUACAGCUAUAUGAUGCAAGGGGAGUCCAAGCUCCAUCAGACUAUAUUCAGCCCGUUUUUGGCCAAUAAUGCUGUCUGGAUUGACUGUGUAACAUACAGUAUGUUAUUUUUCAAUAUUACUUUUAUUUACAAAAGAUGUUAAUUUUGGUUAUUGCGCAAUUAUUGGCUUUUAAAGUUUGUCAAUGAAUAUCUUGAAAAUAAAUAUAUUCAAAUAAUGA